AUGACAUCUUUGGAUCUAAAAUUUGUAAUCCUCUUCCUUUUCCCAGUUGUCACUGGAAGCCUGGGAAAUGUCUCACUCUUAUGUCGUUUUAUCUUCCUUUACUUCAGUGGAUGUCAGUCCAGGGUCACAGAUGUGAUUCUCAGGCACCUGACUGUGGCCAACUCCUUGUAUAUUCUCUCCAGAGGAAUCCCAGAGACCAUGGCAGCUCUUGGGAUGGAAGACUUCCUCAAUAAUAUUGGAUGCAAGCUGGUUUUCUAUCUUCAAGCAGUAGGAAGGGGUGUGUCUUUCAGCACCACCUGCCUGCUGAGUGUCUUCCAGGCCAUCACCAUCAGCCCCAGGAGCUCCAGGUGGGCAGAGCUGAAAGUGAAAGCCCUAAAGUGCAUUGGUCCCUGUCCCGCCAUUUGCUGGGUCCUGCACAUGCUGCUAAACAUCAGAGUUCCCAUGCAUGUGAGUGACAAAAGGAACAACAAAAACAUCACAAACACUAUAGAUUUUCAGUACUGUUCAGCUAUGAAUUCUGCCAAAGUUGAAAACUCCAUUUUUGCAGCACUGUCAUUAUCACACAACAUUUUGUGUUUGAAACUUAUGAUCUGGAGCAGUGGCUCCAUGGUUUUCAUUCUGUACAGGCACAAGCAGCAAACUCAGCACAUUCACAGACACAUCUCAUCAAGAUCUUCCGCUGAGACCAGAGCUUCUCAAAGCAUCCUCCUCCUGGUCUGUACCUUUGUGUCUGUCUAUGCCCUGUCUUCUAUCAUGUAUGUCUGGUUUACUCUUUAUGACAAAACUGCUUGGUGGCUGGUUAAAACCUCUGCCUUAACCAAUGCUUGUUUCCCUGUUGCUAGUCCCUUCAUUCUCAUGACUCGUGAGCAGAUUGUGUGCAGGCCCCUGUGGAGGAAGUGA